UGUUGCUCUCGUGCGCGCACCAUGGGUCGGUUGGAUCCCGGGCAUGGAACCACUUCAUAGUCUUGCAUCUUCAUCGGCCCAAGCUCAUCCUCUAGACGCUUAUUCGUCGCUUAGUGCAGAAGAUCGACAUAAGCGUGAGUUGGGGUUCCCCUCGGACCUCAUCGGUUCUCAUUCUUUCCCACACUUCGUCGUGUUUCUCUCUCGCCUCUGGUCUCUCCCUGCCUCCUCCCGUUCCAGCUAUCGGGGUGGCUGGUAUUCCUCGUUGUUGCAUCCACCUGUGGUGGAUGAAGAGUGGUCGUGUCUGGGUCGCUGCUCCAUGUCGUCGCUGAUGGACCAAAAGAACAGAAACCCUAAUUGGGAUCGUUGGGGGCAGAAGGAUUUGGCUCAAGGGUCGCAAUCGUGGGGCGGAAAACCACAAUCUCAGUUGGCGAUUGAAGCCCUCUCUCCGGGGAAAUCAGAAUCCAAAGAAGAUAUCAUGACAUCUUCAUCUGGAGAUGGAGGUCAUUCAGUUGGAUUCCUGGGCUAUUCGACAGAAAGAGAAGGAAAAAAGAUGGUGGUCCAAGGAAGCAAGCUUAUCAGAAGGACGACAAGUGAAGUUUUAGGCUGAGCCUAUGGCUGGAGACCUAGAGAUCGUCACAUUACUGGGUAGCGGGUUCCAGCGGUUUUGCUAUUCUGCUCGUCUUCUAGCUUACCUAUAUGCCGAUGGCUUUGCUGUUGCUCUGUAAAUGUUGUGUGUCUUGCCUCCUGUCUGGAGUGCAAAUACUAUAAUAAGCAAAAUUUAUGGUUCCUCUUGGGGCAUGUGGUUUGUUGCGUUAGGUCACUUUUACUAUAUUGAGUUAGCUCGGUAUUGUAGGGGGUACCUGAUGUGGCGUGUCUGAACUAGUUGCCUGUCAGUUGGGCUGGUUGCUUAUGGUUGUGAAUCUUGUAAUGAACUCUUUGUUCUUAAUGAAUUAGGGGGCUCUGCCCCGUUGUAAAAAAACACCUUGGCAAGAUUC